CUCCUCUCGUUCGCCUCGUCUUCUCUUCUCCCCCCACUUCCUCCGCCUCCUCCGCCGCCGCGCUUCUCGCCGCCGCGGCGAGCCAUGGACGCCGCAGGUUACCCGAAGAUGCAAGGAGGAGGGGCGUCCUCCUCGUCGUCGUCCUCGGCUUCCUGCCGCGCCGCCGACGCAGCCGUGUGGGACGCGGUGCAGCAGCAGAAGCGGCAGCGCUGCCAGGGUUCUUCAUCCAAUGAUCAAGUUGGACUCAGUACUGAAAAUAAUUCCUUCCAAGCACCUGAACCUGAGCUGCAGAAUUCUGACUGUGUGGAAGAUGAGGAAGAAGAUUACUAUUUGUAUGAUGAGGAUGAUGUCUGCUAUGAUGAUGAUGGAGACUAUGAAUUUGAUGAAACUGACUUCAAUCAGCAGCUAGCUGAUAAGUUUGAUGGUUUGGAUUUGCCUCCGGGAGUGGAGGCUACCGUUCCAUGGCUGCAAAAAAAGGAUAUUGCUGAUGGACCUAGCACUUUCAAGUCAAUGGCAGAACUAGAUGCUGAUAUUACUAAGAAAUAUGAAUUCUUUAAGCAGUUUGAUGUUGUUGAGAAUUUUUCGGACCAUCAUUAUGCUGAUAAGCCUGUUGGGAAGACAGGGAAAGACUGGACAAAAAGGAUUCAGUAUGACUGGAAACUUCUGGAGAAAGAUUUACCAGCAUCCAUAUAUGUCCGUGUGUCUGAAAAUCGAAUGGACCUUCUGAGGGCUGUAAUAAUUGGACCUCAAGGAACACCUUACCAUGAUGGCCUUUUCUUCUUUGAUGCUCAAUUUACUAGUACUUAUCCAUCUACUCCUCCAGUGGUAUAUUAUCAUUCUGGAGGGCUUCGGCUCAAUCCAAAUUUAUAUGCUUGUGGAAAAGUCUGUCUUAGCCUGCUAGGCACCUGGUCUGGUAGUGGUUGUGAGAAGUGGAACUCAGCUCACUCAACUAUGCUACAGGUUUUAGUCUCCAUUCAAGCUCUCGUAUUGAAUGAGAACCCAUACUUCAAUGAGCCAGGAUAUGAGACCUAUGCCAACAGUGCUACUGGACAGAAGAGUGCCAUGGACUAUAAUGAUACCACAUUUCAGUACUCAUGCAGGACGAUGUUAUACUCACUCCGUAGAUCUCCACAGCACUUUGAUGCCCUUGUAGCUGGCCACUUCCGCCACCGUGGUCAUGCCAUUCUGGCUGCAUGCAAAUAUUACAUGGAAGGUCAUAAGGUUGGGUCCGUAGUCCCUAACGAGGACGAGGAGGAUGCGAAGCAGCAGGACGACACUGAUGCAGGAGGAUCCGGCAGCAGCAGCGGAGCAAAGCCGCAGCCUGAAAAGCCAGACCUGUGCAAGGGCCGUGCUGCAUCCUUCAAAACCAACAUGGCCGUUCUGUUUGAGGAGCUCUUGAUGGAAUUCAACGUCAAGGGUGCUGACACCAAGAAGUUCUGCGAUGAGAAGUUGAAGAAGAACCAGCAGGCUGCUGCUGCUGCUCGCUGAAGAGGCCCCCCAGCUGCAGCUACAAAACGCACAGAUCUUCUCUAGUUCUGAGGGUUUCAUAAUGAAGCGAAAACCGUAGAAAGGGGUUUUGCUUGCCUAACUAUAGAAGUGCUGUGUAGAUAGUCCAUUCUCGUUUUUCUCCUUUUGUUGUACAGGUUGAGUGUGUGGACUUAAAAAAUUUAAAUGAUCAUGUUAGAUGCUAACUGAAGUAUCAUCAACCCACCCCUCGUUGUGGUGCGAUCAUGAAAUAGACACCUGCAUAAGUAAGCAAGGUGGCGGUUCCAUAUGAUUUAUGUUGGCUUGCAUUUAGGUUA